CCAAGUAUUUGUACAUGCCCUAUCAAGUUAAACAUCCUGUUACCUGUCCUCCAAAUGCCUCGUGGCACAUAGGGCCUUCAGGUUAAACAUCAUGCAAAUAAAACAGAUUAAGUAUGUUUCACUCCGUCUCAAAGUAUUCUAGCUGUAUCUAAUGGGAUUUGUUUGGGAGAUAAAAGUGAUACUUGAAUUUCAGAGCUGAUCCCUCAAAGCUGUCCAAAAGUCAAUCUUAUAGGGAAUGUGCCUCCUCAUCCAAAAGAUUGAGGCAAGACCCUUCUGUCCCAUUUUAACCACUAUAAAUAAACUAUUGCAAUAUUAUCUUUAAUUAAGUAUUGCUUUUCUUAUUUAAAUUCACGUUGCCCAUUUUCUUUCAAAGUCCUUCCUUGUAGAUGCAUUGCUUCCUAGGCCCAAUAGAAGGUAUUUUCCAGCCAAAGUUCCCAUGAUUCUUAGCUUCCUGGACCACAUCUCCAUGACUUCUUUAGAUGCCCCGCAUUCAUCUCCAUACCCCUAGGUAUCCUGUGUCAAAAUACUAAAGCUAUGUUAUGGUAUGGUUUUGGGUUGGUAAAUCAAUAGUGAGCAGUACCUCGGGACACUACUAGGCAGGUCUAUCACCCACUUGUCGGAUGAGUAGGGCAUGUGAUGUGUGGAGUAUUUCCAACAUUCUCAGUAUGUUAUUCUUCAAAUGAACAACAUCAAAUGCAUUGGUCUGAUUGGUACAAAGCAUCUGGUGAAUAUAUUAAAAAAAAUAAAAGUUACAACUGGAACAUAGGCUACUUAAUAGCCUACUCCUCCUAUCAUCACAAAUGCUCCUCUAUCCAAAAUUAUAGCAAAUAAUAUAAGCAGACUAUAGCUAUGAAACGACUGCUGCGUCUAGGCAUUUAUUUAUUGGAUGGAGAGGGCCAGAUUUGGAGGAUGAGAUUUUUCUACUCAAUGAAAUCAGUGUGGUCACCUCACAUGGUGCCUUCGCAUACCUUUUUGUGGACGGUUAUAUGUAUCAGACUGCAGUAUGUGUUUAUUUUAAUUCUUCCCAGGCACAUCCAGGUACGCUAAACCAUAGAUAUAUAGAGCACUCGAUGUAUGCUGCUUUCACACCGUGGCGGCGUGAAGCAAGCAGCACCUUACGGCGGCGUCUGUCAUCACAGGCGGCCAUCGAACCACAGUCAAGCUUUCUGGUUGAAUCUGUACCUGAGGAAAUUGCUGACAAGUGAAGAUGCCAGACUUUUGUGCGGCUUACGGAUGCACUAAUCGACGAACUCUCGAAACGAGAACGCUUGGGAUCACCUUUCACCUGUUUCCCAAAUCCAAAGAGAGGAGGAUUAAGUGGGAACUUGCCCUAAGAAGGGACGGUUUUGCUGCCUCUGACAGGACUCUGCUCUGCAGUGACCACUUCAGGAGUGAGGACUUUGACAGGCUGGGGCAGACGGUCCGGCUUAAAGAUGGUGUUGUGCCAACCCUUUUCAACUUUACAGCUCGUCUUCAAAGGUCGGUAGCAACAAGAAGCACAACCACUUCUAAAAGAGCGGAAGACAACCUGGCAAUGGACUUGAUCCCUGAUGUGGGAGCCACUGGAGAGAGCAGAUUGAGCCACAAGCGCCAGGCCACUGACCACUUGUAUGCAUUGCCUGCUUGCCCUAAGGCUAUAAAGGCCAAACUUGAAGAAGCCUCAGCGAGAGUGAGGAAACUGCAGCUGGAGAAGAGCAAUGCCUUGAGGAGAGAAAACCGGGCCAAGAACAACAUGCAGGCUGUUCUGGAGGAACUGAAGGAGAAAAAUCUCAUCAACGAUGAGCUGAAAGACAAGCUUGACUGCUACUCAGAUCUUCCGGUUCAUCUCCUGUCGAGGCAGGGCGUAGAGUACACCGAGGCCCAGAGAGAUUUUGCCCUUACGCUCCAUCUGCAUGGUCCAAAGGCAUAUCACUACCUGAGAGAUACUCUGCAUAUUCACCUGCCACAUCCCAGUUCAUUGCAAAGGUAUUCUUCAUGAUGUCUAAUUUUACACUGAAUUACAUUAAGCACUACAGACAAUAUUAUUUAGUGUGUCCACCAUAGGGAUGCUUGGGUUAGUGGCUACAUGGUUAAAUAUCUUCUUUUUAAUUAUACAAGGUGGCUGAGCUCUCUUGAUGCCAGACCUGGUCACAAUAAAAUUAUGUUGGAAAGACGGCGUCAGGAAGAUGAGGUCAAAUACGGAUGUGUCACUCUGAUGCUGGAUGCCAUGUCCAUCAAAAAACACAUCUAACAUGAUCAUCAGACACAAACAAUGUUUUGAUAUGUGGACAUGGGGGAUUGACUGAACGAGACUGACAUAGCUUCCGAGGUUCUUGUGUUUAAGUGGGUUGGGCUUCAAGGUUAUUGGAAAGCUCCAAUUGCAUAUUAUUUGACCAAGUCCAUCACACCAGAAUCACAAAAAGUGUUAGUAGCAUGCAUUAGAAGAGCUGCAUCAUCAUCAGAUGAGGUUGGUGUGCAUGACGAUGGAUGGUCAUGCAUCAAAUAUCAGUAUGUGCCCCCAACUUGGGUGCGAUCUAAAAGCAGACCCCUGUGAGCCCUUGAAGACCCAUUUCCAACAUCCAGUAACCCAUGACAAUGUUUUUGUUAUGAUGGACGCUUGCCACAUGCUGAAGCUGACACGCAAUAUGUUGCAGGUACAUGCAUCGUCAUAAACAUUGACACGUUGAUGACGAUGGUUCCUGUGCUGCUUGAAGGACAGUGAUAUGUCCUGACCUACAGAUUCAGCCAGGACCACUUGGAACUUCUCUUUAACUCCAUCAGAGCAUCCGGUGGCUGGAAUAACUAAUCUAAUGCUGGCCAGUUCAAAUGGGUCUGGCUUCAGAAAGCUGUUGGCCCGCUGUGGAGUCGUUAGUCCCCAGCAGCGGUCAUGGACAGCUCUACAAGCCUGUAGAUAUAUCCUCUGCAGCAGGAGAAGAAGGUCUUCCAUUCCCGUUUGCUGACAUUCCUGCCCUAGUACACGACCACAGCUACCUUCCCGUCCGCUUCGAUGGUCUUGAGGACAACGCUCUCGUGUACAUUUCAGGAUUUGUAAAUGACACGGGCUCUGAAGAAGCUGUCCUGUGCUGUCUGCCGUGCCAGCCUGGUGACAGGCGCUGCAUCUGGCAUCAAGGACCAGAGCUACCACCUGCUGUGUCUAAGAAACAAUGGAUGCCUGGUGAUCCCCAUCAGAGGGCACAGUGAGGGUCGUCACCAGGCCAGCAGAGUGGGUCAUUCGCCAGCCAUCAGCUAGUUUCAGGCGAUCGCAGCCCAUCAAACUGCUAGAGGUCUUGUCUUGGACAUUGUACGAAAGAGGAUCGGAUCAGAGGAUUGACGCUGGCCUGGGUUUCAGCGUUUUAGUAGCCCAUAUAUUGAUUUAACUUGAACAUGUGUGCAUUUAUUGCACCUAUCUGUUCUAUUUAAUGUUAAUUUCAUAUGAAAACCCAUGGUUAUAAUUACGUAAAUACAUCUCUGUACAGGGUGGGGAUUUCAACAUGCAGCCUUUCUUGAUGUUUAUUUGUAAAGGGAAAUCUUGUACCUAUUUUAGAACAUUAUUCAAUUUUUUUUAGAACCUAACAAUUAUGCAUAAGUAUUGGCACAAUACAUCUCUGACGUUGAUAAUAAAGAAAACCGUUUGAAAAUCGGUUGAAAAUUGAACAAGUUAUGGUUAUUUAGAUGGUACAUGUACCACUACCAGCACAAUGUUAUGGUUGAGCAGCUGACUGUGGCAAGAUGGCCGCCAGUGCGGACGUUGGACUCCAUUGGCCAGCAUCGCGGACGAGACAUCUGUUCUAUAUUUAUCUGAGAACCACGGUAUGGACUUUAGGGGUGUGUGUUCCAGACGGAAGCAAGCGACAUACGCACUUCGUCAGUUCAUUUUUUAUAUUUGUACUAUUUCAAGUCAGUACAAUAGACUUUAACCUGGCUGCAUAACAAAACAUGUGCGUUUUCUUACGGAACAAUCUAUAAACUUGACAGGAGGCCAGAAUGGCAGACUGCCGACGUGGACUUCCCGCCUAACGCCCCGGCCCCCUCUAAGAUGGCGUCCAUCCCAGAGUGUGCCAUCUGCCUGCAGAGCUGCGUGCACCCCGUGUGCCUCCCGUGCCGCCACGUCUUCUGCUUCCUGUGCAUGAAGGGCGCCUCGUGGCAGAGCAAGCGCUGUGCCCUCUGUCGACAGGAGGUGCCUGAGGACUUCCUGGAGAGGCCCAAGCUGCUCUCGCCGGAGGCGUUGCGGGCGGCGGCGGGGGGGGGGGCCGACGGAGGGGACCACGCCUGGUACUACGGGGGGAGCGGGGGGUGGUGGCAGUACGAUGAGCGCACCAGCCGCGAGCUUGAGGACGCCUCCGCCAAGGGCCUGACCAGCGCGGAGAUGCUGAUCGCGGGCACCCUGUACGUGGCCGACCUGGAGAACAUGGUCCAGUACCGGCGGAACCAGCCCGCCCGGCGCCGCCGCAUGAAGCGGGACGCCGCGGGGGUACCGAAGAAAGGGGUGGCAGGGCUGAGGCUGGAGCCCGAGGUCGACGCGGCCGCCGACCCCAUCGUCGGCCCGCCUUUAGCGGUGGCGGCGGCGGUGGUACCCUCCGCGGCGGCACCGGAGCGCAUCAGCUCGGCGGACGGCGCCGACGCAGACAGUGCCCCGGGCCGGGCGCAGUCUUCCUCCGGCGUCGGGGCGCUGCCCUCCGUCCUCCCGCUCAGACCUCCCACGAUCCUCGGCGGCCACGUGUCCCGGCCUCCCUCGCCCGCGUCGUCACCGUCCCUGGAAGAGGCCCUCUCCCAGCUGGGGCUCAGCCAGGGGCCCGCGGGGGAAGGAGGCGGGGCAUCUGUGGACGGAGGCCUGUCGUAUGAGUGCGGGUCUGGCAGCAGUGAGGGGGAGGGGGACGAGCCAGGGCCGGCCGCCGCGGCGCCGCUGCGGCAGAGGGGCGUUCCGUUGGCACGGCAACUCAGGGAGACUCGGCCAGACAGAACGCCGCCAGGAGGCGGGCCCAGCGGCUUGACCCGGGGGGGGCGCGGCCACACCCCCGACGGACAAUGCACUGGGUCCCAGGUGUGACCGGGAUGAGGAGAAUCGUUGGCGUCAUUUAUGGAACCAGUCACUGCUCGUGGGGUUCAGUUGAUUCAGUUCAGUGAACGCUGUCGAUCAAAGGCGACUUUCAUGUUCUUUGAGAAGUGAGCCAACUCUUUGCUUUGUAACCUGCAGCCGUAUGCCUGCUGUACUUUCUACUGCUGAUCCUCAAGAACAAAAACCUGUUAUCUAUUUCUCACUGAAUUUACAGAAGAUUGUGUCUGCCGUGAAGAUAAGGAAAAUAAUUUGCACCUACUUUUUCUCCAGGGCUUUAGGGAAGAGGCUUAAUGUAGUUCGAUAACAUUGGGAGAUAGUUCCCUCUUUUAUGAUGAUUUUGUUUAACCACUUAAAUUGUGAAUUGUAGCACUUUAUAUGCAAUCGGUUAGGAUUUUAACUGCCGUAGGUCAUUCUUUAGUAAUAUUGACAGGGAACCAUAACCCAAUUAACCUGUGUGUGUGUGUGUGUGUGUGUGUGUGUGUGUGUGUGUGUGUGUGUGUGUGUGUGUGUGUGUGUGUGUGUGUGUGUGUGUGUGUGUGUGUGUGUGUGUGUGUGUGUGUGUGUGUGUGUGUGUGUGUGUACCCACCCGUGUGUGUGUGUGUGUGUGCGCGCGCGCGAAUCAGAUUAUAUUGGCUCUAUUUAAAUCGCUGAGCAACGGUUGUUAUAUUAAUAUUGUGGUUGUGUUGUGAGCGGGGAUGGGUGAUGAAACGUAACUGGCGCCGCCACUGGAAAGUAUCCGGACACAUUUAGAAUGUUCCAUUUGGACUUCUCUUCCUCACCCACAACAGACGUACUUUAUCAAAAUACUAUCAAAACAGGGGGAUUUACAUGUACCACACGUACUUGCGGUAUAGGAUCAGUAGCAUCUCUUGGAGACACCCAUUUUCUGACCAUCAGGUUGGAGUCGCCUAAGCAAUAGAUUGGAUACACCAAUCUUUCUGUUGAUUUCCAAAAGCUAUUGAUUAAGCUUAAUUCCUACUUCAUCCAAUAUUGGGUGUGCAAUUACUUUAGGGUGCAUUUGUGUGAUCUGUGAUCUUUACUUGUUUUUUUUAAAUAAUAGGUAUUAUCUCCAAAAAGUAAUACUACUCAACCCCUAAUGCAUUUUUCAACGUGCCAUGACAUUGAUUCAUUAAAUAGGCCUAUAUGGGGUCUGUCCAAAGGAUGGCGCUAUUGUAUCAACAUUUUCUUCCGUCUGCACAGAGAAAAGUUAUUUGACCUUAAAGGAUUGGGAAAAUGUAAACAGCCAAUGUUUUUGUUUUAAAUUAGUUUGAUAGAGGUAUCACUUAUUGAACAACUGAUGCAAUUGUAUGGUGAAUAAUGUUAGAAAAACAUCCACGAUAAUUUAAGAUAGAGAUAGGGUUCUAAGAUAGAUACAUGGUUUUCCCCAAUAAUCUGUCCUUUAUACCUAUCAAAUAAAAUGUGGAUUAAGCAAAACUGGAUUAAUCAACCCAGAAUAUGAAUAUUAAAUACCUGUGUCUGUUUAAUACUAUUCUUACUGAUUAUUUUUCUGUUCAUAGAACAGUUUAAUCAGGAUAACAGUAUUGUAUUAUGUUAGACAACAAUACAUAUAAAUUAUGUACUUUACCAAUACACAGGCUUACAUGAGGCAAUUUCGUGUGGCAUAAGCCAGGGUAAAAACCUAGAGAUGUGCCUCAUGUUUAUAUGAAGGCUGUAGUAGUAGCAGUCUGCAUGGCAGCCCAACAAGAUUAUACCAACACUGCACUAUUCAUCCCCUGUCUACUGGAGACUAGUGUGAGGGGAGCAGUAGAAUAGUGCCCUUCAUUCACUUUCUUGAAUUAGUCAGUUUGCUGUUUAUCUGUGUUUAUUUGUUGUUUGAUCUAAACCCUAUUUAGCCCUAUUUUUUUUUUUGCUCUCCCAAAUACUUCUCCAUCCAUACUCAGUGGAAGAAAUCCGAAUACCUGGUUGUAUCAAUAAUGAUCAUAGAUCGACCAUAAGCCUGUUAUGAUUGGCCGUAAUAGCUGAUUAUGGCGUUGUUUUGAAUGUUUUGUUAGAUUUAGUACUAUUCUUUCAGAGAAAAUAAAGACAAUUCCACGUCCACUUGGCAAGCUGUUAACUGGUUACAAAUGGUAAAGUACUAUACGCCUAAUAACUUGGCUGCCGUAGCAUCAAUAAUUGUAUGUAUCUUGAUCAAGCUAUUAUAUACGUAAAACAUUUUAGAUUGUUUAUGUUUAAGUGCACAAACAUACAUUUUUGCAAAAAAAAAUGCAAUAAUCACUGAUGGCUCAAUUAAAUCCCUCCUCGCUUUCUUCGAACAUGACCAUGAAAUGUCCACGUGUCUAUCUGAGAAACAACUAAACUCGGUGCCAAAGGUAGAAUAGCUCCAGUAAUCAGAACACAAGGUUACCAUUCUCCCUUGUUGUACUUUAUGUACUUUUUAAUGAGUAGUUGUCAAGUGCCCACACUAAGACAUACCGUUCCUUUCACCUGCAGCAUGGGUCGUCUUACAAGUGACUCGCCAUGACGUCCCUGCUUG